GUAGUCUACGUCAUGUCCACGACUGACACGGCCCUAAGAGCUCUCAUUGUUUUCUAAAUAUUGAAUUUAUUUUACCUGACUCGCCGAGAUGACUAUGGAUUCGUUGAUUUCCUUUAAUUAACUCGACACUGUCUAGCUAGAAUUAUUUUCCGCAUUCUCUAAAUUCAAUCCAAGUGCCAGUGUUGUGCAGCGCGCGAAAGGGAUCUGAACGAUAGCCCAUUCCUAUACUUCGGCCUGAUUGUGUCUCGUUCGAUUGGCCCAGGCAGAUGCCAGUCAAGCCUCUUCAUGCCUGCAUGGAUCCCGUUGCAGGCUAGACACAGCAGCAUGGGCAGCGCGCAUUCCAACCGGCUAAAUAUAUCUGAUAGGGCCACAGGAGGGGAAGGACAGGGCUUUGCUUUGGACAUUUAGCCUUCGUGCGUAAAACGAGAAAUUGUCCUUCUGAAACGUAGUAAAGUUAGACCAAUCCAAAAUGCCCGCAAUUCCGAGUUCUAGGUCCAGGACGCGGGAUCGGAACAACGUCCUGAGCAGACCCGAGUUCAUGUCCCUGAAUCAGCCUCUCCGGUGCGUUAACUCUGAGACCCGUGGCACCGCAAGACGACCGGCCCAACCCAAACACCAAGCAAGCCAACCGUGCGACCCGCAGGAACCUACCGACAGUGCCAACAAGGAUCGGAAAGAGCCCGCGAAACUGCCCGAUGAGGACUGUAUCCAGCUGAACCCUUCCUUCAAAGGGAUAGCGAUGAGCUCCCUCCUCGCCAUUGACAUUUGUCUGUCCAAGCGCCUGGGGGUCUGCGCCUACACGUCGUCGUCUUGGGGCAGCGUUCGUUCCAUGAUCACUCUGUUGGCGCUUACAGGGCACGGCAUCACGUGGAUCUUUGGCACUAUCGUGUGUCUGACAAGGAGUAAUACGCUGGCCGGACAAGAAGUCUUGGUCAAUCUAUUACUUGCCCUCCUACUUGACAUCAUGACUGUGGCCGGUGUCCAGAAGCUGAUCAAACGCAAAGGACCCUGGGAGAUGACUCCGGGCUUCCUGGACUACUGUGCCAUGGACGUGUACUCCUUCCCGGCGGCCCAUGCCAGUCGCGCCGCCAUGGUAUCCAAGUUCCUGCUUUCCCACCUGGUCCUGGCCGUUCCACUCCGCAUCCUGCUGGUGCUCUGGGCCUUCCUGGUGGGCAUGUCCCGGGUGUUGCUGGGUAGGCACCACCUGACCGACAUGGCGUGUGGCUUCGCCCUUGGCCUGCUGCACUUCAGCCUGGUGGAGACGGUGUGGCUGUCGUCCAGCGCCUGUCAGACCCUCAUCUCUAUAGGGACCCUCAGCUGGAGCCCUUUCUAUUGAGGGCUAUCUAUCAAGGCCCUCAACGCCUGUUUGAAGCUGUAAAGCCUGGCUUUAUGAAGCCAUAUAAGUAAGGCCAGGAGUUUUUCCUGAUGAGAGUUUUUCCUGAUCAGGGCCUACUGUCUAAGGCUGCGUUAGACCUACAUAUAAGCUUUAUCUGUGAUGACAAUAACUUCUAUACACACAAUUAGGUCCUAUCUGGUUGACCUCAUUUACAGUAUUUGCAGUAAAUGUUAUUUGAGGGAGGUAAAUGUGCUCGUUGGAGUCAUUUUGAUCAUUGAUGCGUCACAGAAAGAAAAUGUGGUAGUGUUGAUAUUUAUUAAUAUUUACAAAGACUUCUAUAAUGUCUCUACCACCUUUUCUCUUCCAAGGACUAAUCAUAAUGCUUGAGAGCCCACACUGGCGUAUAUCUAAUGUUAUUGGUUCUCACUGCUGUCAGUUUCUUUAUUUUCUUUCUACCUAUUCCACCAAUCCUCACCUUCCUCUUUCUCUUCUGCAUCCUUUUCCUCUUUCCCCCAUUCCUUUUUCCUCCUGUCUGUCAACCUUUACCCCUUCUGUCUUUUGAAAUGUUUUUAAUUGUACUUGAUCAAAAUAUUGCCCAGUACUUUGAAGUGAUGAAAUGGUUUUCUAAAGGUUUUGAAAUGUGUCCACACAUGAUUGGUCCAUUUGCAGAUUAAGAAAAGAGAUGUUAGGAAGCUCCUUGAUUUCCUUUCAAUUAUGUUGUUGGUAUGUUUCUGCUGGAAACUAUCAAUUGUUAAAACUACCAAUUGUUGAGAUGGACUGGACUCCAAAUGAAUAUAAUUCUGCUGUCAUUGAAUUGGGCUAUUAUGUCAAAUAAAUGAGAUCAUUGUUGUCUAGAUCAGGGAUUUUUCUACUGGGUUAAAUAUUUAUCUUAUCCAAAUAAGUUUCAAAAGUAGGAUUUGAUUAGUUUGAGGCUAGCAGUUUCAUCAUAGAUGUGUAUGUGUAUUCCGUAUUGUUUGCCUUCCCUGCAGCAAUAAGCAUUAACCAAACAGACACUGUCGGUUUGGUAAUGAUGCUGAUUUCAUGCCUCACUGACUGAACAACAUCUGUGAGAAGUCAUCUCCAUCAGGCCUGGGCUUACCAUUGACACUGUGUUUGUGUGUGUAUGGGUGUGUGUGUGACGUGGGUCUGUGUGUGUCUGUGCAUGUGUGUGUGCAUUGCUUGCAUGCAUGCAUGCAAGAUCUCUUAUGUUUGUGCCUUUGUGAGCCAAAUGUAAUGUAUUUUGGAGGGUUAAGUCACUGAGUAAACCUAUGCAGUCUGGGUAAAGUCAUGAAUGUUCACUGAAGUGUACAAAAUAUGUAUUAUACCUGAUAUCUUUAUAAACUCAGCAAAAAAGGAAACGUCCUCUCACUGUCAACUAAGUUUAUUUUCAGCAAACUUAACAUGUGUAAAUAUUUGUAUGAACAUAACAAGAUUCAACAACUGAGACAUAAACUGAACAAGUUCCACAGACAUGUGACUAACAGAAAUGUAAUAAUGUGUCCCUGAACAAAGGAGGGGUCAAAAUCAAAAGUAACAGUCAAUAUCUGGUGUGGCCACCAGAUGCAUUAAGUACUGCAGUGCAUCUCCUCCUCUUGGAAUGCACCAGAUUUGCCAGUUCUUGCUAUGAGAUGUUACCCCACUCUUCCACCAAGGCACCUGCAAGUUUCCGGACAUUUCUGGGGGGAAUGACCCUAGCCCUCACCCUCCGAUCCGACAGGUCGGAGGCCAUGGCUCUUUGCUGGCCAUGGCAGAACACUGACAUUCCUGUCUUGCAGGAAAUCACCCACAGAAUGAGCAGUAUGGCUGGUGGCAUUGUCAUGCUGGAGGGUCAUGUCAAGAUGAGCCUGCAGGAAGGGUACCACAUGAGGGAGGAGGAUGUCUUCCCGUAACGCACUGCGUUGAAAUUGUCUGCAAUGACAACAAGCUCAGUCCGAUGAUGGUGUGACACACCGCCCCAGACCAUGACGGACCCUCCACCUCCAAAUCGAUCCCGCUCCAGAGUACAGGCCUCAGUGUAACGCUCAUUCCUUCGACGAUAAACGCGAAUCCGACCAUCACCCCUGGUGAGACAAAACCACGACUCGUCAGUGAAGAGCACUUUUUACCAAUCCUGUUUGGUCCAGCGACGGUGGGUUUGUGCCCAUAGGCGACGUUGUUGCCGGUGAUGUCUUGUGAGGACCUGCCUUACAACAGGCCUACAAGCCCUCAGUCCAGCCUCUCUCAGCCUAUUGUGGACAGUCUGAGCACUAAUGGAGGGAUUGUGCGUUCCUGGUGUAACUCAGGUAGUUGUUGUUGCCAUCCUGUACCUAUCCUGCAUGUGUGAUGUUUGGAUGUACCGAUUCUUUGCAGGUGUUGUUACACGUGGUUUGCCACUGUGAGGACGAUCAGCUGUCCGUCCUGUCUCCCUGUAGCGCUGUCUUAGGCGUCUCACAGUACGGACAUUGCAAUUUAUUGCCCUGCCCACAUCUGCAGUCCUCAUGCCUUCUUGCAGCAUGCCCAAGGCACGUUCAAGCAGAUGAGGAGGGACCCUGGGCAUCUUUCUUUUGGUGUUUUUCAGAGUCAGUCGAAAGGCCUCUUUAGUGUCCUAAGUUUUCAUAACUGUGACCUUAAUUGCCUACCGUCUGUAAGCUGUUAGUGUCUUAACGACCGUUCCACAGGUGCAUGUUCAUUAAUUGUUUAUGGUUCAUUGAACAAGCAUGGGAAACAGUGUUUAAACCCUUUACAAUGAAGAUCUGUGAAGUUAUUUGGAUUUUUACUAAUUAUCUUUGAAAGACAGGAUCCUGAAAAAGGGAUGUUUCUUAUUUUGCUGAGUAUACCUACUGUAUGCUUUCAUUCACAUAUUUCAUUUAUUGGUCUUCUGCUGAUAAUCUCUUUUGGCUGUUUAUUUUUGUUGUGAUAUUAUGGACUUGGGAACCAAACUAUUUAAGCCGUAGCCUUUUUUCUGCCACAAAAAAAAUAUAUUUAAUUGGGUUGGACCUGUAUGUAUAGAUACAAUAUUGCAUUUGUGCAAGUCAGCAUGAUUUGUUUUGCACAAGGAUGAUAAAAAAAACUCAUAUUUUCAUGCAGUGUUUCAAUUUAUCCAGUCUAAUUUACAAAAUGAAGAAGAUGGAUCGAUAGUCUUUGUAAGAUGUGGACUCUGAAAAAGUGGAAUGUCUUGUUCAGUAUUUCCUAGGUUGUUUAUGCAUGCUCAUAAAUACACCAUUUGCCAUGA